GUGCUAUAAAUAUGUAUAUGUAAAAAUAACUACUUGUAAAUAUUUGAGCUGCAAGCGUUGGAGCAGAUGCAUGUGGGGGGUCAUCAAGUAACGUCCGCUAGCUGCACUCAGGCUACAAACAAACUUGGCAGCUAGGGCCUGUGCUAUAGCCGCCUAGCUAGCUCGCCGUUGUGCAUAUUUAUCGUCGAGCUGUCUAACCAUAUGUUUGCACAUUUUGUUUGGCGCUUUUGAAAUUUUCGGGCGCGGCUGUUUAUUGAUACAAAUGUGCUGCCUGUAAGGCUGAAUGGGUUUCAAAAAGUGAGUUAGCUUGGGUGGUAACUUCCUCCGUAAGUUACCGUUAGCUUGCUAACAUACGCGAUUGUCAUAAGCUGACAUAAACGUUAGCAUGUUAACUAGCUAACAACUCAUUGGCAAAACCUGGCGUCAGGAACGCCGUGCUUCUCGUGGACAGAAAGAUAUUUUUGGCUGAACUUAAAUAAAAGCGUCCAGAGAUGCGCUUUAGUUUGCUAACAUUCAUGUAGCGUUAUUGGUUUGCACACUGAUUGUGGCCUUCUCCAGGCUGUGAAGUCGUGGUGUUGCUUGAUGUGAAAAUAGUAGCAUUUACUAUUGCAAGUCGUUGGUUUUAGACAUGCUUUUCUUGUAUUUACAUUACUCACCCGAUAAAAGUCUUUGAAAAUGCACAGAAACAAAAAUAGCAGUGGCUAAGAAGCGUUGGGUUAACGUAUUAGGACUGCAGAGUAGCUGGAUGAGGCUUCCCAUAUGUGGAGAUUUAAGGUAUAUACCACUUUGCUCAUCAGAUACAACAUGUAUACACUGAACUGAUGGCAAAGUCUUCAGAAAGUGCACCGAUCGCUCGCUGUAACUUUGUUUUUUGUUUGUUAUCAGUCACAAAGUUUUCGCUGUCCCUCGAAAUCAGGGAAUAUUUUGUGUUUUUGUUGGUUUGCUUAGUUUGUACUACACUUGUCCCCGUAAUUUGAUGCAUUCUGUGGUGCAGGGAGAAACAAAAGACGUUGCUGUCUUUGAAAAACAAACAGAGAAACAUAUAUUAACAGUUUAUCAGUUGUCUGCUAUUCCUGCAUCUUUUCUGUGUUGUUUUUGGUGCAGGAAGGCAGCAGCAUUCAUGGAUAUUGUGGACACCUUUAACCAUUUAAUACCCAGUGACCAGUUGGAUGACUCCCUGGUAAUAGGUCAGAAUUUGGAGUGUGAAGCCAGUAAUGAGUUUGGGACAGGACUCAGACUGGAAGAUUCACUGAAGAACAUGCUCAGUGACAAAGAUCCCAUGUUUGGAUGUGCAAGCACUCAGUUCAGUCUGCUGGAAAAUGAAGACCCUGCUUUUCAGAUUGCUGGCUCCACAAGUCUCGAUAGUGGUUCGGCACCCACAGGCCUCCCUGUUGAACCAGCUGUUUCAGAGAGUGCACAAGUUAAGCAACUUGAUGUCAGGCAGAAGAAACGUUCACGCAGUUUAGAGAACGAACACAGUGGUGACCAGGAGCCUAACACACCCACCAAUACCAUGACCCGAGGGCGGCCGGCAAGAAAACCAGCCAACAGGCUAUCCAAGUCAUUUCUUAUUGAGAAAGGAGUCACAGGUCCUGAUCUAAAGAGAGAAUUAACUCUCGGAGGACGUGUCAACAUUAAUGAGCUUGAUGGUGGGGUCUGGCUGAAUCCAACUGUUGUAUUGAGACGACUGACAGUCACAAUUGGAGGUUUCAAGAUUGAAUUGCUACCAGGACCCUCGUACACACAGGGUGUCGAUGCAAACCAGUCUGCAUGCUCGGACGAUGGUUUUUCUUACGGUGGGGAAGUUGGUUUCACAGUUUUGCCAGAUGAAGCAGCCAGUGUACAGAAUCCCGCAGCAGAGAGUGUGGAAGAGAUGGAUGUAAGUCAGAAGAGCUCAGCUGAUGAUGCAAGUCAUGGGCUGGGCCCAUAUGUAAAUCCAAAUGAUGUACAGACGACAAACGGGACGUUAAAUACUGGCACGAAAGAGGCAAAACUUGACAAUCAGAGUGUUCCAGAGAAGCAAAAGCCAAUCAGUAAAGGAAAUGAUGUUAUUAAACAGCCACAGAGCAAAGAGAACAACACAGCUACUGUUAGUAACAAGACAGAUGGUAAUGAAAAACAACUGAAUGUGUCUAAAAUGCUGCCAAAGCCUAAACAAGGACCGUCAUCAGUAAAGAAUAAGGAAUUCGUUUUACAUAAAACAAGCAAUACAAUUAAGGAGCAUAAAGUUACCCAAAAUAUGCCAUCCAAAAUCACGCCAAGAGGAGAGCUGCACAAAACUAAAUCUGGAAAGGAAAAGCAAGAUGUUGUACCUUUGAAAAGGCCUGCAGAAAACAUUCAAAGUGAGCAUGCUACUAAAGUACAAAAGCUACAGGGUGCAGUAGAUGCUAAAGUGAAGCCAAAAUUACCAAGUUCUCCUACUUCUGUGGGAAAGAAAAUUCCAUCAUCUGGCAACCGCGUUGGUGAUCAGCAGGGACCAGCCAAACGUAGUACGCCCCAAAACAGCUCAAAAAGUGAGACUCCUCCCCCGCACAGUCAUCUAGGAAAUUCUUUAAAAACAUCUGAAGAAGGAGGGCAGGAAAAGUCCAAAAUGAAAAAGCUAGAGAAGAUUCUUCAGAGACAAAAGAGUAAAAAUGCAAGAAGCAUCUCUGUGGACGAGCCGCAGCUGUUUAUUCCAGAUAAUGCGCCCGUUGUGAAGAAGGACGCUGUGGACGAGCAAGUCGCUAAUAGUGAGACUGUGUGGGAUGGAAACAACUGUUGUGGCCUCUGCAAAAAGCACCACAAUAACAUGUUUAUGGUAGGUUGCGGUCGCUGUGAUGACUGGUUCCAUGGUGACUGUGUUGGUCUUGACCUGGCGAAAGUGCGAGAAAUGGAGGAGGAGGACCAGAUGUACGUGUGCUUGAAGUGCUGCGAGGAAGAAACCAAGAAGGUGGGGCCUGAGCCAGCGAGUGCACCCAAACCAGAAGCUCCAGCAAAGAGCGAGACACCUGACCAGAAGCUGCCUCCUAAACCUCGUCCUGGGUCCUCUCAACCCCUCACAUCAGGGGGAGUCAGACCAGUAAAAAAGGAUGCAGAGAGAAGGCAGUCCACAGAUGCCCGAGAAGCAACUCAUAAAACAGGUGUCUCAGUGAAACAAGAGUCAAAACAUAAGGCUCCAUCCUUGGCUUCAAAGAAACCCGUGUCUUUGGAGGCAAUCAGGAGAAGUGUGCGUGAUUCUCUGAAAGAAAUCCUCGUACAGAGAUUGAAGGACUCUGAUUUGAACAUCUCGGUGGAAAGGGCUUCCGAACUUGCAAAGAAGAUAGAGCGAGAACUUUUUCACUUGUAUAAAGACACUGACAACAAGUACAAGAACAAAUACAGAAGCUUAAUGUUUAACCUUAAAGAUACUAAAAAUAAUAUCCUUUGUAAGAGGGUUCUCAAAGGUGAAAUUUCUCCUGCUAACUUAAUUCGAAUGAGUCCCGAGGAACUGGCCUCAAAAGAACUGGCUGCUUGGCGACAAAGAGAAAACCGACAUACUAUUGAGAUGAUUGAAAAAGAGCAAAGGGAGGCAGAGAGACGGCCGAUUACUAAGAUCACACACAAAGGGGAAAUUGAAAUUGAAAGUCAAGAACCAGUAAAAGCACCGGAGCCUGUAGAGCUUGAACCUCCUCCCAGAGUGACUGAAGUCUCAGCAGAACCUCCAAAAACUCCAGAGAAGAAGGAAGAGAAUGCUAACACAGCUAAAGACACUACAAGCCAACACAAGUCUCACUUAUUUGACCUACACUGUAAAAUCUGCACAGGUCGAAUGGCACCUCCUGUUGAGGAGGCACCAACCAAAGUGGUUAAAGUUGCAACUACAGUGGUUAGGAGGCAGUCUACCAAAACAGAGGAGACAAAGGGCACCACGUCGCCCGCAAUCGACGAUGACCUGCACCUCACUGUCUUAGAGGAGAGCUUCCAAAAUGCUCAGACAGGGUACGAAGGACGGUCUGAUCAUGCAGCUGGAAGAGAGGAAGAAGCUACUUUCCUUUCCAACCUGAAGUGUCUGUGGCAAGGAUUCAUUCAUAUGCACGCUGUGGCAAAGUUGGUGACAAAAGCUUUUCCCGUCUCAGGUGUUUUGGACAACUUGACAGAGGACCUUCCAGAUAGCAUACAGGUUGGUGGGAGGAUUAGUCCUCAGACGGUGUGGGACUACUUGGAGAAAAUUCGGGCAACUGGAACAAAAGAAGUGUGCCUGAUUCGCUUCUCCCCUGAGACAGAGGAAGAUGAGAUCUCUUAUACUCUUUUGUAUGCCUACUUCAGCAGUCGUAGGCGUUUUGGGGUGGUGUCCAAUAAUUUGAAACAAGUGAAGGACAUGUACCUCAUCCCUUUAGGUGCCACAGAAAAAGUUCCACAUCAGCUUGUUCCCUUUGAUGGGCCAGGUUUAGAAAACAACCGUGGAAACCUCCUCCUUGGACUUAUUAUUCGCCAGAGACCGAAAAGGGAUUUUCUUACUGUGGAUGUGAACGAAUCUGCAAGGAUUAUUCCUGAAAUAAAACCUGUGGCCAUUUCCACAAAAGAAACCAGGGCAAAAGAGGAGGAUGAGAAAUUUUUUCUCUCUUCCUUGACUAGUGCACUUCAAAAGGAGAAGGAAAAACCACUUAACACUACUGAAGAUGUCGAUGAGCCUAUUGCACAGUCUUUUGAAGAAACAUCUGCACCAGAGGAGACCAACAAUCAGGAGCCUCAGAAACCCCUUCGCUUUCUUCCAGGUGUGCUAGUAGGCUGGGGUGGAGAAUUACCACCUCUGCCUGAUGUUGGGUUUAAACCCUCAAGUACAGCACAGGAUGCCUUGAAGACUCAGCCUGCUCCAAAACCGGAGACAUCAGUUGGGAGCUCAAAAAGUCCAACAGCUGCUGCCCCACGAGAGCGCUUUGUCAUCAAGAAGAAAGAAGCUAAACCUGCUAAAACUGAACCGGAGCUAUCAAGCCCAUCUGAUACAUCAGCUGCUACCAACUCGCUGGAAAAGAAAGCUGCAGUAGGGAGCCAGGGUACAUCUGUCUCACUCAAAGAUAAGCCUCCAGAUGUAUCGACUGAAGACUUCCUGGCAGGCCUGUCAGCAGCUCCAAGCGGGACUGAAACUAGCAGUGCUACGUCGGCAAACAAAGGCGACACUGGCCUUUUGUCUGAAAGUGAAAAAGAAACAACUGAAGGGAAUUCUUUGUUGCAGCCAAAAUCCCAGUCUGCUGCAGAUCACGCAAGUAGCUCAAAGCCUCCUUUAAGUGGAAUAUUGAAAAAAUCUUCAGCAUAUUCCACUGUGAAUGAAGAUAAAACAAUGGUGCCACAGAAGGAUAAAGCCAGCCUCCCAGAUCCUUCCAGCCCUAAACCUGUUCCUGUGUUGAGCAGCACUAGGAAUGAUCUAAUCGUCCCAUUUCACCAAGGAUAUUUACAGCUCUCUCAGGCCAAGCACAAAGCUGAAGAACAAAGUCAAACAGCCGUUCAGUCGUUUCCUUGUAAAAAGAAUGAGCCUGGUGUAGCGCAGGCUGGUGCUGUAUUGACUCAGACAGUGAAUCCUCCUACGGUCCAAGGAACUCCAGCAGAGUGUCAAACAGGAGCCUCUCAGUCCCAGUAUAACCCAGCAAUGGCACCAGCUCUCCCAGUAAACAACAGCACAAGACCGUCCCCGUUGCAGCAGCAACAGCCUCAGGAAUCUGGCAGCUAUGAUUCUCCAUCUGCCCCUACUUCUAAUACUGUACCCACCCCUCACAUCCAGAACCAGAACCAUAGCAUGCAGUGGGCUCAAGACAGCACUUCACAGGCUCCCCCUGGACCUCAGUCACAGUACCCCGAGAGUUGCUCUGAACCAUCUGGCCAACCCUCAUCCGUGGACAAAGACUACAAGCGUUUAGAGGAGCGAUACAGUGACCCGUGGGAGAGGCCGCGACACACAGAAGACAAAGACCACGGAAGGCACAGCUACCACAGGGACUCCUAUCACGGUAAAAAGAGCAGGCACCACGAGCGGGAGAAAAAGCACGAUCGCAGCUAUGAUGAUAAGUACAAGGAGAGGGGCAGGCACCACGGACAUUCAGAUGACCGCUAUGCUGAGAAGAGGAAAGAGAGGCAUCACAGCGAUGACUACAGCAGCCGUCACAAGGACAGGCACAGACAUAGACGGGACUCUGAUUACGAGAAUGGACGGAGAAGUUCAAAAGACAGUUACUCAUAAUUUUGUUCAGAGAGCGUUUGGGGCUCUCAGGAGGACUGUUCGGUUGUUGUUGGUCACACAGCUGGUACAAACCACUUUGGUUGGUGCUGGUGGAGUUGUUUUACGCACCAGUCUGCAUCUGUAUGCCGUGUCUUUCACUAAAGUUACGUUUUAUGUUACUCAGCGUACAAGCCAAAAUAAUAUAAUUUCAAUGGAAUUAUGAUAUUAUGGAUCAGUUCAGUUAAGACCAAGAAAAAAAAAGUCAAUAUUGGAACAUUUUUAACUUUUAAACUUUUUACUGUAAAUAUGUUGUUCAUAUUGAGCUGCUGUACUGAUUGGUUUCGGUCUCAAGGCAACAUAACAACAAACAAGUGGACCACUUGGAUAAUUUAUGCUGAGUUCAUUUGGCCUGAAUGUAAUAGAAGGUAUUUAACUGAAAACAGCAGCUUGAGUUUGUUUUUUUAACAUUUCUUUUAAAUUGCUUAAAUAUUUUAUAAACCUGCUUUCUAUUGAGAAAGCAUGUACAUGUUGACUUGUAAUUAGAGAUGAAGUGUGCCUUUGCACUGUGUUAUUGUACAGUUCGUAAUAAAGCUGAUCCUUUUUUUAUUGUUAAUUAUUUAAAGAAAUUCUUUGUCUAAAAAAUGUAUUAAAACCAACUAGGUCAGAGGUGUUAAAAAUGAGGCCUGGGGGGGAGAAUCGGCCCAGCAAAGACUCCAAUCUGGUCCACUGGAUGAUUGGGAAAAGUGAAGGAGGGCAUGUGUUUUUGAGUAAAGUGUAUUUUUAUAACUAAGUUUUACAGCUUUUCCUAUUGAUAAAGACCUCCCCCAUGGCCAUUCUUGUUAAAGGAACGAAGUAAUAAAGAAACAAAUGAUAGGAAUGUGCCUCUUUUUCACCAAUCUAUAGAAAUUUUGGUAAACUAAUAUUUUCUGUGAAUUAACAAAAACAAUGAGCUACCAGAAUGUUUUCCAUAUUUUCAUGUUAACAUAUAGAAAAAGUGAGACGUGCUGUUGAAAUUGUACUUCUUUUUAUAUUAAGAUAUCUCAGGGGUUUAAUGUGUAGGUAAACAUCUUUACACUGACAGAAAGGAGAGAUUCACUCAUCUGGUCCCUUUAAAAUCAAAGUGGUCUGUAUGUGGUGGAACUAGAUGGUUAGCAUUGCGACCUUGCAGCAAGAAGGUCCUUGGUUUGAAUCCAUCAUCUUGACGGGGAACCCCUAUGUAGAGUUUGCAUGUUCUCCCAUUGUGUGAGUGGGUUCUCUCUGGGUACUUCGGCUUCCUCCCACAGUCCAAAGACAUGCAGUUUGCGGGGUUAGUGCAUCGAUGUUUCUUUUUGUUAGCUCUUAAGCAAAAGA